UCAAAAACAUAGUUGAUACUAGCUGAUAAGCUGUUUUCCUUGGCAGUGACCAUUCCAAGCAAGUUUGCUGCAAAAACUGUGAAAAUGUUGCUGAAGGAAAUCGCUCGAUUUUCGUUGCAACAUCGCACGCUUUACUGUUAUUUAAUUUUAAGCAUUUGGAUUUUUCUGCUUAUAGCAGGAAUGUACAAAUACAUUGGAUCAAUCGAAGAUAGCAAUAGUGUUUUAAGUUCCAAAAAUUUCCUUUAUAAAAAGCAACAGCUCCUGCUGGAAGAGCAGGAACGGAUUCGAGCGAAAAAGAUUAACGACGACGUAUGCAAUCAUCCACCUACAAUUGGAAUAGGGGAAGAGGGAGGAACCCUUGAUGGGUGGUCUUUGCAAGGUGUACUGCUUGUGAUACGCCAUGGUGACCGCGGCCCAAUGACACACGUUCGUGGCAUUGACUCCGUGGAUUGUAGCCACGAAGGUGAUACGGUGCUGAUGAAAUAUUAUCACUAUCUUACUAACAGCAGUUCCAGUACAACGGCCGGUCAUUGGAUGAAAACUGGUCCAUUUCAUGGCUUUCCAUUGCUUCCGUCCAGUCCGAAAGCGUGCUUGCUGGGGCAACUAACACAAAAAGGAAUUGCUCAACUGUUACGGGUCGGCGACAUUAUCCGACAAGCCUUUGCUAAUUCUUUGUCAUUGUAUGCUAAAGCUCCCGUUCAAACUAGAACCACUCCGUUCAAUUCUUCCGACACGACUAACAUUCCAACUAUCUACAACACGGAUGAUAUAGUAAUUUACUCUACUCGCUAUCGACGGACUUUCCAAUCAGCCAUGGCCCUAAUGUUCAGUGUUGUUCCUCCGGAGAAAUGGCAAUACCUUCAAAUACAGGAAAGCCAUAGUUUGUCUUUUUGUUUCGCCGAUUGUGCCUGUCCACAAGCGGAUAAUCUUAAAAAGCAACUGGAUAAGGAAUGUAAACUAUUAUUGGGGACACAUCCUGCGAUAGGAGCUAUUGUACAAUGGAUGGGAGCCACUCUGCUCCAGAAUCAGCCCACUGUUGGUCAAUCUAGUCCACUAGAAAUUCGAGAUGCUGUUCUGUCCCACAUCUGCCAUGAUGCCCCACUACCAUGCCGGAAGAUUUCUCUAAACUCAAAAGCACAACACACUAGCAAGGGUGCCAGCAGCAGCACUCAGGAUCCCCAGGACGUUAUCAAUAUAGAUCAGGAUGAUAGUGCUAUUGUCUUCAACCAGCAGAGUCAACCGAACACUGAGGAACCAGAUGAUGUGGAUCCUACCGGAGAGCAGGAACCCGAAAUCGAAGGAUGUGUGGAAAAGAGUCACGUAGCAGCUCUCAUGUCCUACACACAAUGGGCAGGUUUGCGCGAGUGGAAAAAUUUGAAAAUGCGCCAGCAGGGCUUAUUACGCGCUUACGGAUUCUUGCGAAACAUUGUUGGGUAUAUGCUCAAAAUGAUUUCCGGAGAUAAGGUCAAGUUCGUUCUCUAUUCAGGCCAUGACAAAACUAUGGAAUUUCUCAUGGCUGCCCUUGGGUUAUCCAUGGAGACUCCUUUUAUAGCGUAUGCAUCACGGAUGGUAUUUGAGGUGUACAAAAGUGAUAAAGAUACCCAGUACUACUUUCGACUGAUGUACAACGGACAGGACGUAACUAAUACCGUUGGUGUAUGUGAAGGUGGUAAAAGCCUCAGUGUGCCUCGCGGCAUACGAGGAGACAGAGCCAACCUCUGCCCGAUCGAAAAUAUCAUACGGUUCCUGCACGAUGACUAUUUUGUGCAGUUGAACGCAACUAACUUCAAGGAUGCUUGCUUGGCACAAAGGGACGGAUAUUUCUAGCUUCUGGUGGAGUUAAUUGUUUGUUGCCGUCUGUUAUUAGUUUUGAUCUGUGAUAAAACGAAAUGCUGAAUUCAGAAUUACUUUGUACAAUCGUGUCGACAAAAUUAACAAGCAUUUUACUCUGUUGGGAAAAACACGUGGAUUGUGUGGAAUGCUU